AUGGCGGCGAUUCUUGUGCCGCAUUGUGUUGGGAGGGCUGGGCGGGGAAGGGGUUUGAGCGGUGCGGCUUUGGGCGGGUUGGGGAAGUGGAGGGGGGAGGAAAGGGUCUGUGGGGCGUUUGGGAGAGUGAGGUGGAGUGAGGGUGUGUGGUUGGGUUUCUCAACGAGGGCGGGGUUGAGAGUUGAUGGGGGAAAGGGGAGGAUUGUGGAUGGGGGAGCAAAGAUACCAGUAUCGACACCAUCAACGCCAUCAACGACAUCAGGAACACCAUCAUCAACACUCUCAUUACCAUCCUCCCCCAAACCCCGCCUAACACCAAAAGCCCUCCGCCAGAACAUCGCCUCCCGCCUCUCCGCGCUUCCGCGAGAAAACAUCUACAACAUCCCUAACAUCCUCACCUUCUCUCGCCUCGUCGCAACCCCCGUAAUCGGCUACCUCGUCGUGCACAACCAGCACGCCUGGGCGGUAGGCCUCUUCGCGUACGCCGGCAUCACCGACCUAGUCGACGGCUGGAUCGCCCGCAAAUGGAACCUGCAAACCGUCGUCGGUAGCGUCGUGGAUCCCAUGGCGGACAAAAUCCUCAUGACAACGCUCGUAUGCUGUCUCGCCAUUAACGGCAGUCUCCCACUGCCUCUCGCAACCCUCAUCCUAGGCCGCGACGCGUCUCUCGCGGUAGCUGCGAUAUACUAUCGCUGGACGUCGCUGCCGGAGCCGAAGACCCUGACGCGCUACUGGGAUUUCUCGCUCCCGUCCGCGGAGGUCCACCCGACGAUCAUCUCGAAGCUGAACACUUUCCUGCAGCUCGGCCUCAUCGGUGCUACUCUCACCUUACCUUUGCUCGUACCCGCUGCUGCCGGGAGUAGCGAGAGCCUGCUGAAGCCCGUCGCGGAGGUGCUGGGUGGGGCUGAAGGCGUCAAGACGAUAGUGACAGGGUUGCAAGGCGUGGUAGCCGCCACGACGCUGUGGUCUGGCGCUAGCUAUAUCUGGACGAAGGACGCGGUGAAGAUUCUGGGAGACGAUGAGGUCCUGAAAAAGAAACAGGGGUUCAGGGGGAGGAUGGUGAUUGGAGGAACUUUCGGAAUCGUGCUGGCCGUCACGGCGGCGCUGGCGUGGAAGGAUCGGACCAAGGAGAAAGAGGACGAGACAGAGGAGGGAGAUGGAAGAUGAGCUAUUUUGCACGGAUUUCCCCAACAAAACAUUUUAGGAGCAUUGAUCCUGGCUUGCUGUAUUAUAUGGAGAUGAAUACUGGUACAUGUAUUAUAUAGGCAUCUACGGCAACAAAAAGGAGUAUGCGUCCUCGGCCUAUAUGCCAUCCUCCCGAACGCCAGUAAUACUCGAUCCAAGAACGCCUUGGAAUGCAUCCACAUAUAAACACCCUAACCCAGCAUU